AUUCGUUCUCUUUUACACCAAACCUUCACUCGUGUUGUUGGUGCACAAAUUCACUCUAMCAAAAUGAUCAUUUUCAACGAUAUUUUCACUGGAAAGACCAUCUUGACCGACAGUUAUAAAAUGGCAUUGCUAGAAGACUUUCUCUACGUAGUUGACGCCAAGUAUGUGACGAAAAAAGGGGAUGAAUUCGGAGACGAACUCUUUGGAGGAAAUCCAUCGGCAGAAGAAGAAGCAGAASAGUUAGAAGGUGGAGGAGUUGUUAGAGGUUUUGAUGUGAUCAUAAACCAUGAUGAAGUCGAAGAAUGGARCGAASAACUACCASCCUGCAAGAAAUUCGUUAAAAAUGUAAUGGCGAAGCUUGUUAGCGAGGCAAAGAAAAAGAUGGAUCCCGAGAGACAUGCUGUCUUCAAAAAGAAUUGUGGUGAAUUCUUCAAAGUACCUAAAAAAGAUGAACCGGYAUCCGAAAGGUUCAAAGAUAUACCGAUUUAUGACAAGUUCUCAAAUUUUCAGAUUUWCUUCUCAAAAGAAAGUAUCGAUCUGGAGACGGGAAAUCUUCUGGCUUGCCCUAUAUUUGUCGAUGCAGACGAUACUGGAAUGAAUGCAAAGGUCUAUUACUUCAAGGAUCUGAUGGUCGAAGAAAAGAUGUGAAGGUGGCUUAUCUCAAAGACUUUGAAUUUGGACUUCCAUCAAUUUAUGACGAUGACUGAGUUCAAAUGUAUGAGGCUUUAAACAAUAAAUAAUAUUGUCGACCAA